AUGGCUACGCUCACUUCUCUUCUCGUGGCAUAUGUGCUUGGCGGAUUGACCUUUAUACCCUUGGUUGUUGUGUCUAUCCUUGCCUUUAUCUUCUACACCUCUCCCAUUCUCGACGAUGCCGCGAACGAACCCAAAUACAGCCCUAUCGUCGACAAGGUCGAUGAUACAACCGCCCUCGAUGCCGCUAAGCGGUCGCACAAGAAGGACAACCGCGCGCACGAAAACGACCUCGAUGUAGCCGCCGGCUUUUUUGCCGUCUGCAGAGAGUACACGCCAAUGGGUAUCAACGCAAAGCCUAUCGAGCGCUCGACGCCUGUGGGCUCUGCAACCGUGGCCCCUUCGAGCCCCAGCGUCUAUCAGACCAUGUAUCGGAGCAUCUUUGAGAGGAAGCCCACCCCGGGGCCCAUGGAUAACAACAGCAGUAGUACGAGUCAAAGGCCCAAGAAUGCGGGCAAUGUCUUUUACGUGGUCUUGAGACAUGGCCACCUUAUGUUAUUCGAUGAUGAAGAGCAAGUCGAAGUUAGACAUGUUGUUUCUCUAGCAUACCAUGAAAUCAGUAUUUACUCGGGCGGCGAUGUCACACCAGAAGGUGAACUCUUUAUCAAGCGGAAUGCGAUCUGUCUUUCCCGAAAACAACCCGGCACCGAAUUAGGUCUUGAGAGUCCUAUGUCGAAACCAUUCUUCCUCUUCUCCGAGAACUGUUCAGCCAAGGAAGAUUUUUACUUUGCCCUGCUCAAAAACCAAGAGCAGAGCUAUGGAGUGGAUGGUCAAGUGCCCAAGCCCUUACACUUUGAUGUUAAGAACAUCAUCUCCCUGGUUCAGAAGCUUCACUCGACAGAAGAGAAUGUUCAUUCGAGGUGGGUGAAUGCGUUACUGGGAAGGGUGUUUUUAGGGGUCAACAAGACCAAAGACAUUGAAGCCUUCAUCCGCGAGAAACUCACAAAAAAGAUAUCUCGUGUUAAAAGACCGUCCUUUCUUACCAAUAUUACCAUCAACGGAAUUGAUACUGGCGAGGCAGCUCCUUACUUCACGAACCUGAAGCUCAGGGAUCUUACCGUCGAAGGAGAAUGUGUUGUUGAGGCCGAUGUCAAGUACUCAGGAAAUGCUCGUAUCGAGAUCGCAGCCACAGCCAAGAUUGACCUUGGAGCCAGGUUCAAAGCGCGGGAGGUCAACCUUGUUCUUGCAGCUGUGCUCAAAAGAGCUGAAGGUCAUAUGCUGUUCAAGAUCAAGCCACCUCCCAGCAACCGAAUUUGGGUCACUUUUCAAAGUAUGCCUAAGAUGGAAAUGGAUAUCGAACCCAUCGUUAGUGCGAGACAAAUCACUUACACAGUCAUUCUGCGUCAGAUUGAGAACCGUAUCAAGGAAGUCAUUGCAGAGACUGUUGUGCUGCCAUUCUGGGACGACAUGCCAUUCUUCAAGACAGAGCACAAGCAGUGGCGAGGUGGCAUCUUUGAAGGUGACAACGCCACAGUCCCGACUGAUGAUGCAGAAAGCAUAGUGGCAGCGGCAGGAGAUGUUGGAGCUGUCAGUCAGAUGGACGCAGCCCCGGAUGUAUCAGAAGAGACGCGGCCUUUGGAGAAGAGUUACACAAUCCCCGUCAUGGAAUCUGCACCGCCGCCAACAGGCCUCUUUGGACGCAGACUUAGCAGGGCAGGCACCAAUCCUCAAGCUUCUGCAUCAUCUACCAGUGUUGACUCCAAGGGACCGAGCGCGAGUCCCGUCUUGAGGCCCAAGAUUUCCAAGACGUCUCUUGAGCCUGUCGUGGGCACCGAUGAAGCCCAUGCUGACAUCUUUAAGCCGUCCACUUCACCACCUGAUCAUGCAACCAACUACAUGGCAGCCCUACAUUCGCGCUCACACGACGCUUCUCCUCGGCCGCCCACAGCUACAGAUGCUCCGCUGGAAUCAUCUUCUGCCUCUCAACGGUCCAGUCGGUCUUCACGCUCUUCCUCAUCAGCGAACGAAGCUUUGAAUAGUGGCGUGACGGACGAGUCGCAGAAGACACCAGUUCCAAUAGGGCGACGUAACACGACCUCUUCUACUGGCUCAGGGUCCUAUACAGAUGAAAGGCCCGGUUCCUCGACCGCUUCCAUGAGGGAGUCCAUAAAGAGCCAGACAGGUUCGCUGGGAAGGACUUUCUUUACACGACGUGAGCACCCGGAAAUACCUACGCAUGAAGAAGAGCAGGAAGAAUCGAAUUACGAUGAGAGUUCUCAAGAUCAACAUCAGAACCAGGGACAGAAUUUGAACCAUAGGCAGACUACACUGGCAGCCGUCUCCAACGCAGCAUUGCAGGCCAAACAAUGGGGAUGGAAUGCCUACCAGCGACACAAGGAGGCACGAAGGCAGGCUGAGCAGGCAGGCCAUCUCGAUCUCACUCAACCAAUGGGUCGAGGUCAACCGCUGCCUCCUCCUGGAACACCUCUUCCUAAGCCCACGAACGGCAUGACGCGGAUAGCACCUCCGAUAGGAGGUGGUCUUACGAGGAAGCCAGUCCCUCAGUCUGCUGUCCACAACUCUGCCGACUCACUCGAGACUCAUAACGAGCAUCACCAAGAGCAGCACCGAGAGCAGCAUGAACACGAGCAUGAGCACCAGGGCCAUGGCGACUACCGUCCCCCAUUGCCUCAGCGCGGACGCCGUAGGCAGAGCCAUGCGCCUGAGCCAGAUAACGGACAGAACAUACUCGUCGUUGCUGCUCCGCAAGACUCUCAGCCUGCUACGCCAUCGGCAGAGGAUUCUUCGAAUCAUCAGAUAUGGGCGUCGAGUGAUGAGCAAACCGUGACAGACAGCGGAACCUCGCAUCCUCCCUCGGUUCUGACUAACGAAUCAUCUCUAAUGCAGGAGGACAACAAACCACCUAGCGAUAGAGAAACACCACCCGCCGUACCAGCAGUUGCCGAUGAUGACGAGGACUUCUCUGGAUGGAUGGACAAUGAGCCCUUAGAUAUGGAGAUCAAUGACCCUGUGCAGCCUCCUGCCCAGGAAGUCAAGUAA